UCAAUCAGAGCUUGGCGCGCGUCGGUCGUGUAGAAGUUACAUUGAGCACAAAUUGUAAGCGACAGCGAACUCGAAGCUCACAGUUCCAAAACGUGCAUUCCCGUCGUUACGUUUAUAAUUGGCUUUGCAACGUUUAUAUACAUAUAUUUAAACCAAUUUUAUCCUGAAUUGUGAACUCCGAGCUGAAAAAGUUUAAGAGAAGUCGCAUCGAUAUUUAUAUUUUUCUUAUUAUGCAUAUACAUCAAGAUUUCCAGUUUGUUAUUUCUCAAUAAAAAUGUAAUUUUAUUUUCAUAAAUUACCGAUCAUUUGUGCACAGAUAAUUAAUAUUGCAUUACUCAGUUAAAUUAAUCUAAAACUCUAAGAGGCUUCGCGAUACGUCUACUACAACAUCGUUUGUUUAUCACAUGAUAGAAAUAAAAACAAAAUCUAAUAGAUUUUAAAAAAAUAAAGGAAGCGCCACAUUAAAUGAUGCACCAUAAGUUAACAGGGACAAUAAAACACAAUACAAUAAUUAUAUUAUGGAAUAAUUAGGCGAAUAUCAACAGCUAGGGAUCAGCUCGAAUAGCGAGAUUAUUAUUCAUAUUUUAUAACUUAGUAAGUUUUGGAAGUACCUGAAGAUCCUUUGACGAUCAGAAGCCUGAUAUUUAAAUGAAGACUGCCCCAAUGACUCAGACUAUAUUGUGCGUGAGGACUUUAGCCUCCGUAAUACUUUUGUUACUCACCGGAAUAUUACGCACAAAAGGAAGUCAUUCAAUAGCAAGUAUUCAAGGUCAUAACGAACCUGAUGAAGUGGGACCGCUUUUUUUGGCACAACUUACAAAUAUUACCGUACCACAAGGUCGUGACGUAUCUUUCACCUGUGUUGUAGACAACUUGGGACAAUAUCGGGUGGCUUGGAUUAAAUCAGAUUCAAAAGCAAUACUUGGUAUACAUACACAUAUGGUAUCUCUAAAUCCAAGAUUAUCAGUGACACACAAUGGGCACAACACCUGGAAACUUCACAUAUCCCACGUGCAACUAAAUGAUUCUGGUAGCUACAUGUGUCAAGUGAAUACAGAUCCCAUGAAAAGUCUGUCGGGAUAUUUAGAUGUUGUGGUUCCACCGGACAUCCUAAACCACCCUGAUGAAAAUAUCAAUGAAGGUGUUAGCACGGAAGGAGGGAGCAUUUCCUUACUAUGCAGUGCCACAGGUGUACCAGAGCCUAUGGUUCAAUGGCGACGGGAAGGCGGCAAGGAUAUUAUAAUUCGAUCAGAGAGUAGAGACAAGCAAGCAUACAAAUCAGUGGAAGGCGAGCGACUGACUCUCACUAACGUUCAUCGUACGGAUAUGGGGGGCUACCUUUGCAUUGCAUCGAAUGGAGUUCCACCUUCAGUGAGCAAACGCUUUGAUGUUCAUGUAAAUUUUCCGCCAACUAUAAAGGCCGUCAACCAAUUAGUAGGUGCGCCGGUUGAACGGGAGGUAACAUUAGAAUGCAUUGUGGAAGUUUAUCCAAAACCACUAAACGGCUGGUACCGCAACGAAGGAAAUGUUAAGUUGCAUAAUAGCAACAAGUACAACAUCUCGGAAGCGAUGAUUAAUCUGUACAUGUGGCACCUUAAUUUGACAAUACGACACCUGACGAAAUCUGACUUUGGAGCUUAUACCUGCUCUAGUGUAAAUGCUCUAGGGAAGAGUGAGGCGCGAAUUCGGCUGCAAGAAUUACGAUUACCGCCCAAGUCGACAACGACGCCAACACCACACGUGCACACUACCACGAAGCCGCGUCGGAAGCAGCAGCCCAGCCACAACAAGGGACUGAACGAAGUGGUGCGUGCCAAGGAAACCCAUUUCUCAAAUCAAAUGCAGCAAGAGAACGAUGUAUUCGGCAGCGGGAUUGGUGUGCCCCAGAGUCCCAACGGCGGUGGUGGUGCCGGUGCCGGUGGUAUUGUGGCAAGUGGAAACGUCAACGGCAUGAUAAACGGAGCGGAAGUACAUACGCAAGUUCCAACGCGCAAUGGAUACGAAAAAACAAAUAAGUCGCCGGGUGCGGUACCAUCGCAUCGUCCGCCCUGGACUUACCCAAGUGCGGGGUCACAGCUGCUUGGCAUAGCUACGACAACGACUAAUGCCCAGAUGGCUUUUUUCUGCAUAUUGUCUAUGUAUUUAGUUAAGCUCAUUUAAAAUUAUGAUUCCAACUAAAUCCAACACCAGCCUGCAACCAGCAAGGAUGGCAAGGAGACCACCAGCAGUAGGCGAUAGUAGCAGAAGCAGAAGGUAUCAGUUAACAGUGCACUAUAUUAGCUAUGAAGAGAGAAAAAUAAGUCGGUCUGGCCAAGGCCCAUUAGAGGUUAUCAAUCGUCUGGCCGUCAAGGGGAAGCUUUAUUUGCACUAGCACUUUUUUAACCUAUCUAUAUAUUUAUGAAAGCUUUUCAUAAUGCUAUCAAAACAACUAAUGACAUAACAAAGUAUAUUCAAUCAAAAUAGUUUUUCAAAAUAUUCAUAAUAAUAAAAAAAACGCGUUAUCAUUAUUGUUAUGCAUAAUCAAUGGUUUGCUUAAGCUCGCAUCUGAUCCCAAAUAAUAAAAUAAUAUAUAGAGAAAUAUAUGUAAUGAAAAUCUUUUUUCGCUAGUCACCUUUUUGUCUUUGAAUUUGUAAUUUUAUUUAUUUAAUUUUUUUUUUGGGCUGAAAACAUAUAUUUUUUGAUUGGUGCUAAUCAACCAAUUUACUUGAAUUAACUCAAAAUGAUAUCAGGAUGCUUGUUUGAUUAUUUCAAGCAAUUCUCAAAUGAAUUCGCUAUUCAAUUCUAGCUGACUUAAAGCCAUUUCUGAAUCUUAUGGUUUCAGAUUUUUCAAAAAAGGAAAAGAAAUCAAAGUCCUCUUUACCUAUUUUUUAUAAUUUACACACUGAAUGAGUUUAUUAGUUUUAGAAAAUUUCCGUCCUGAUGUAUGGCCAUCUGUCUGAACUUAAUAAUUGCAUGAACCAAACCAUUCUCAUUAUUAAUAUGUGGAUAUGAAUAUAACAGAUUCCGAAUGAGGUUUAUGCUGUUGGUAUGUUGCUUUACAAUAUAUAUGUAUAUAUAUAUAUAUAUAUAUAUAUAUAUACAGGUUGAUUAAUAAUUUGUAUAACGUUUAUAACAUUUAUAUAACAUUUCUGUUAAAUUCUAUCAACAUAGCAAAAAUUCUGCAAGUCUAUUCCAAAAAAUUAUUUGUAGAUAAAUCGAAUCCAGUUUUUGUAGCGAAUAUAAUAGACGAAGAGCUACAUAUCUAUUAUUAUAUAUAUAAAAAUGAAUAAUGACGUGAAUAUUCCAAUCAAAUCCAAUAAAGCCAUAAAACUAACUUAUUUUUAUCCCGUCCCACCAAAAUAAGGUCCGUUUUCACAUAACAUGGGAAAUUCACUAUUCUGUCGCUUUUCAAAUAUUUCAUACUUCAUUGGAGAUUAAUUUUAUUUCAAUUAAUCUUUAAAGGAUAGAGGAUAGAGCUAUUUUCUAAAGUGGAACCCAAGUACAAUGUCUGGAUAGGUACAAUAUGUAAAAUUCAAUCCCAUCUGUAAUUGAAGGGUUUUAAUAUGUGUGAAAGAUUUUAUACUAAGUUUUGUGAGUUAAACUUUAAAAAAAAUUAAAUAUAAAUCUCCUUUCAGUGUGUAAACUAAAAAGUAAUAUUCUUAUAUUUAAGUUUUGUAUCUGCAUUAAUUUCUAUACUACAUAAAUAAUCAUACUAGUUUAACAUUUUCAUUAUUUGAAUGAAUGGUAAAACCGAAGCCAGGUGACUUAAAACUGAAAUUGGUCAGAUAUACUCAUAUGUAUUUAUAUAUAUAUAAAUAUAGUUCAAAGUCCAAUUGAAAUCAAUAACAAUGAAUCAAAGAAAACCCCUGCUUAAAAUAAACAAUACAAUAAUUUUAUACAAUACGAAAAUCAAUGUUAACGAAAAAUUUUAUAUGUAAGUCAUUAUACUGAGCUUAUUUGCUCACAUUAGAUAAUUAAAAAUAUCAGAAGUUAUAUAAUUAAUAAUGCAAUACAGAAAUGUCUUCCGAGAAAAAAGAAAGUAAAAUAUGAAUUAAGAUUGACGCUUACAAAAGGAAAAUCAACAAUAAUUUAUUAAAUUCCACAUACAUAUGUAAUAAGUUAUUCUUAAACAUUGUACCGAAAUUGUAUAUAUAGAGUAUAAUUAACUUUAAUGAAGAUAUAUCUCAGAUAUAGAUAUGUUAUUGGGAAACCUUCGGUCAUAAAAAUCAAAUGAUUUACAAGCCAUAUUUUCAUACCCUAUAAGGCAGAAGUCCCAAACAAUGCUAUCUCUAAUAAUGAAACAGCGCCAAGCUAAUUUGAUUUUCUUCAAUUAUUUGCCCUGAAGACAAUACAAGUUUAUUUAAGGCCUACAUUUACUAAACAUAUCUCGAGCAUUUGUUAAAAAAUGCAAAAAGAAACGAAAAAUAUGCAUUUAUAUUAUUAAAUUAUAUGCAUUACUAAUUUAUAUGCAUGGAAGAACAUCGUAAUUGGAAAGUGGAAUAAGUAAUACUAUUUUCAUAACCUAUGCUUUAAUUUAUUGAAACAGACUCUUCGUUUUUAAUUUGUGAUUCUUAAUUGCAUUUUUUGACGAUUUCUUUAAUAUACAGAAUAUAGAAAUUGUAUAUUCUAUAUUCUAUGCUGACACUCAAAAUUGCAAGCAUAAAAUUCUUUGCGGAACAAACAGACAAAUUGUAAGAAAAGAAUUGCCAUGAAACAUAAACUUGCUUACCCUUUAUUAUGAAGAACACACAACACUAUUGAGUCUUGUUCAAAAAUGUAAAUAAUUAAAUAUAAAAUUAUAUUCCACUGCUAUACAUAUAUAUCAUAUGCGAUAUUAUGUACAUGUGAAUAGGAAUAUAAUUUGAAAUAUUAUUGUCAUCCUGGUCAAUGCAAUCGGUGGUGUAUGCGUUGGUUAAAUAUUUAAUUACACAAACAUACAUAUGUAUAUGUUUAUGUAUGCAGAAAUUUGUAUACAUACGAGUUUGUGUAUGCGUGCAGUACACUUGGAGCUAUACUUGCUAGCUGGCAGUAUAGUCGGGGAUGCAGUUGGCAUUGAAUUUGCAUAAAUGCAUGCUAUUGAAAAUGCCAAAGUGGCUGCUGUUGCAUUGCAAUCCCGGACUGCAGCUCAACUCCCAUUUUGGGGGAGACGAAACGCGACAGCUUCCAAUUGCUGCAGCCAUGGUGGGUGGAUGGGUUUGUUAGUCUGCGGACAUGGUUUGUGUCCGGUGGUGCUGUAUGCGUGGCAGAAAAAGAGGGCGUUCAGUUUAGUGUCCGAGCAAUGUGGUUCAUGCUAUUGUUGCAUUUCGACUACAGCUGAACAAUCUAAAUGAUGAUGCGCAUUUGUGCAAAUGACGGCAACCGCCAAGCCUCCUCUACACGUCUCGCUAUAUUCGGGUCGGUCGGGCUUGUUUAUCGAGUCUGCGUGGACAACGGGCGAUAAGAGCCAAAACCUUCAAGUGCGCUCGAUGCUACCACUUUGGCCAAGAGGAAGGGUUUUCGCAAUAGUAGCCAACUUGCAUCACCAACAAACAGAAGCACGCUCACAACCACUCACGCACCCGCACACCGACACACUCACUCACUUACACACAUGCAUUUACGCAUUAACGAAAUUCAUGCAUUGCUCGAGGUUCGCCGGCUUUCGGCAGACUCUUCCCCUAAUUUAGCUGCAGAAUCGUAGAGAACAGCUAAAGUUAGACAAAGCUAAUGCUCGCGCGUCGUCAGCUCAUAGAAAUAAAACAAGUUGGACGCAACCACCGCAUAAUAUGUUGUACGAUCCCGUUACAGUCAAAGUUUUGCAUAUUUCUUUAACACUUUUCUAUAAGCGGAUCGCGGAAAUUAUAAGGGAGAGAGAAGGGCCCUAUGGUCCACUAGCUAAACUUUUCUUAUGCUAUAUUUUACCUAACAUUUGUGGGCCAUUAAUAAUAAUCACUCAUUUGGAAAUAUUUUAUAAUUUAAAAAAAAAAAAAAAAAACUAUUGUUUUUCUGCGUCUGUUGAUUGUCUGUUUUCCGGAAUAAAUGGACAUGGUAAAUGGAUAUUGUAGAAAGCCAAUACACUCUUUCAUUUCCUGAGCGAGUAUAAAAAAUGGGCUGAUUCGACAAUUGUCGCACAGUCGGCAAACUUCACACUCAUAUGCGCUACCCACAACCCCUAACGAGAGCGCAUUUAUUUGUUGGAAUGAGCCCGUUUGUUUGUCGAAUCCACACACUUUGGCCAGUGCAGAGCCUGAUAAUGUUUUCAACAUUAAAUUCCCAUUAAAUUCUGUUUUAUUGCACUUGAAGCUGCAUGCAUAAUUUACUCGCAUCCUGCUACGUGCCGUUGCAUACUCCAAAGUGCAUGUGGUCGACCACAGAUACUGGGCUCGCUCCAUCUUCAUCUUCUUCUUCAUCUAUCGCUGCUUCUGAGUAAUUGUAUCACAUUCAGCUUUCACACUACUAAAUACUAAAUCUGAACUAUGGUCGCUGAAACCUAAAAAUCUUGAAUUGCUUGGUUGGACAUCAAGUCAUACUUUUUAUAUACACAUAAUUUUUGUGUGUAUGGAUAUUCGUUAGCACAAUUGGAUAUUCGUUAGCAUUUUCCUUGCAUGAAACUAAUUUGGUGUAGCGAGUCUCACUUUUAUUUCAGAAUACAGAUAGCCAACUCUUAGACUCGAUGACAGUAUAUGAAUAGAUCUUUGGCCUUUCUGUCAAAUUAUAACAACAAUAAUUUAUAGCAAAAUAACAACAAUAACAAUUUAACAGUUGCAAUAAUUAUUUAACAGUUAGUAGCUCUUUCUUUGUUUCCAUUUCGUCUUUGUCCAGUUCUGUACUCAAAAGCAUUCAUUUUCAUCCAUUAAAUUAAUAAUUAAUAAUUUCUUGCAACAACAAUUAUCACAUCUCGGUCAUAUACUAAUAUACAAAUAUGUAUAUAAAUGAUAUAUGUAUAUCUAAUAAUGCAACUUGAAUUCUUCGUGUUUGUCCUAAUCUAUAUUAUUUCGCUGUCAAACUAAAUUAAAGUAAUACAAAAUUGAAUGCGAAAAUUCAGUUAUGAAUGUUAUUUCAAGUAAAACUACACCACAAGCAGCGCUUU